GAAAAUGUAAACAAGUUGUUCACUAGAAUAUAAACGGCUAACGAAAAACAAUGAACGACAGAGGAUUUUUUAAAUUUAAUUAAAAAUUAACAAAGUUUUGUUUUUAUUAUACAUACAUAUUUAAAAACAAAUAUUUCUGAAUGAUAAGGGACUCUCUCGAGAUAGCAACAAAUUUAAUUUUAGCAACAAUGCUAAAGUUAGUCGUCCGCGGUUGUGUUGCCAAUUGUAAAUAAUCGGCUUUUACAAUUUAUUGUUGUUGCAAAUAACUGUCAAUUUUAUUUAUUAUUUGUUGUUGUCUAUUUGUUUUGUAAACAAUUGUAUAUAUACAAACUGUACGUUUUUUAGUUAUUUAUAGGAAAAAAACUGUAAAUUUUUAAGAAUUCUAUGAAAAUUGAAUGAAACAAUUAUAUCCUAAUUAUUUAUAAGUUUUCGCACAAAAUGACUACUCAAGAUCCAUUAGAAAGUCAACAACAUUGUCGUACUUGUUAUAAUUCAAAAAGUAAUUUACAAUUACUAAAAUCUCUGCCAGAAUCCUGGACAAGCCGAAAUGAACCUAAAACCUAUGCCGAAUUAUUAACAGAAGUUUGUCAAAUAGAUUUUAUGGAAGCAGUUUCUCCCUUAGACCUUUGGCCGCAAUAUAUUUGCUUAACGUGUUGUGAAAAACUUAAAUCUGCUUAUGAUUUUAUACAACAAACGCAUACAAUUAAUAAAUAUUUAAAAACACUUGCUGGUCAAUUACAAACUAAACAGAAUCACUUUAUAGAAAUACCUGAAUUGAAUAUUCCUUUGGAAAUUAAAAUGGAAACAGACAAUGAUGUGGAGAUAGCAGUAAAUGUAGCGGUAUUACAGAAUAAUCCCUUGGAAAGGAAAGAAGAAACUGUUGAAACCGAAACUGUAGCAAUUAAAGACAGUCUCUUGGAAAGGGUAGAAGCUGUUAAGUGCGAAACAGUUGCCUUCACAGACAAAGACUGUGAAGAUAGUACAAACAAUAGAAAUGAGAACUUUAGAGAUAAGAAUGAAAAUAAUACAACACCAGGCCUAGAAAUUAAUAAUAAUAACAUCGAAUUCCAAUGCGAUAAAUGCAAAAUAAUAUUUCCAAAUGCCUUAAAAUUAAAACGCCAUAAAUACAAACAUUGUCCUCAUUGCGAUUUAUUUUUUAAAAAAUCCUCUAGUUUAAAAUACCACAUAUCGACUAGGCAUACAGCCGAGAAUAAUGCAAAUAUUUUAAAAGAAAAAAAAUUUAUCUGCAAAAAAUGUUUGUAUAAGUUUAAAACUUCUGGACAAUUAGGUCAUCACAAUUAUCGUUUUCACAUGCCAUCAGAAUGUAUAUUUCUUUGUUCGCAAUGUGGUCACACGUUUGAAGAAUCCGACGAAUUUAAAAAGCAUAUGCUAGACGAACAUAAUAAAAAUGUGCUGGUACGGAAUAUAUUUAAACUGUCCUGUAAUAAAUGUGAUUUUAAGGCCUUAGGUCGAUAUCAUUUAAAUAAGCAUAAUCAUAAAAUGCAUAAAGAUCAAUAUCCUUAUAAAAGUUCUUUGCCAGAAUGGCACUUAAAAACUGUACACACUCCUAGUAAAAAAGUUGAAAUAGCUAAAAAAGAUAAACCCAAAAUAGUGAAUGACAUCAAUACAGCUGUGCCCUGUAAUGAAUGCGGGAAAAUAUUUCAUAAUUUACGGAAAUUGACACGACACCAGCGUCAUGCUCAUGUGCCGGACGAAAAGAAGUUCGUUUGUCAUAUGUGUGGACAAAAAUUUGGACGAUCUGAUCAUUUUCGUAGACAUAUGCGUAAUUUACAUCAAACGGAUGUAAGUGUUUUAGAGCCAAAGCGUCAAAUACGCCUGAAGGAUAAUCGCUUCGCAUGCGAUAAAUGUGAUCGCAGCUAUACGAGACGUUGUCAAAAAUUAGAAAAAGAACAAUGUCGAGCGUGUUAUAAUUCCACCAAAGGUUUAAGAUACCUAACAAGUCUAACCAAAUGUUCGGGCGAGGAUCAACAGCAAAAAUCCUAUGCUGAACUACUAAAGGAAGUGGCCAAUAUAAAUAUAAGGGAGGAUUUUUAUAAAGAGCAAAUGCCCCAUUCAAUAUGUGAAAUUUGUGUACGCAGACUAAAAGCUGCAUAUACUUUUAUACAACAAACCCAGGAAGUUAAUGAACGUUUGCUAGCCAUUGCCGAGCAAUUGGAAACUGAUAAACAGCUUAAGUGUUUACAAGAGCCACCGGUAGAUAUAGUUGUUACGGAUACUAUUAAAGCAGAAAAAGAAGAGGAAAUGGACUAUUUGGGACAGAUCGAACCGGAAUGUUUUGUAGAAUUAAAGGUAGAGGAACCGGAGCAUAAAAUGGCCAUAGAUAACUGCAGUGAAGAUGUUUUAAGUUUGAAAAAGGACAAGGAAACUUUAAAAGAAGACCUUAGUUUAACUUUAAGGGAAGAUAAACGUCCUCUUUCGGCAGAAUCUGAUAAUGAAAAUGUUAAAACAAGAGACCAGGUUGAUACCAAAAAUGAUUCUAAAGACAGUAGUGAGUUUUCUAAUGAUGAUAAAAGUGUCAACAACUCAGAUUCAGAUUGGAAAGAUGACAAAGUUGCUGUUGAGAAUACAAAAGUUAAAAAGAAAACCCGCACAAAAUGCAAAAAAUCCUCCUAUAAUCCCGAUGAUGAUAUUGCUGUACCCUGUGAAGAAUGCAAUAAGAUAUUUAACAAUUCCAAAGCUUUGGCCCGACACAAACGCAAUACACACAUACCGGAAGAACAAAAAUGUACCUGUCCACUGUGUGGCCGUAGAUUUUCACGUUCUUGUAAUAUGUAUAAACACAUGCGUACAUUUCAUGGUCCCGAUUCAGUUCCUCUAAUACGUAAACCUUCCACUAAAGAACGACAGUUUCAGUGUGAUAAAUGUGAACGAAAUUAUACUAAAAAGAGUCAUUUGAACUUACAUAUAAAAGAAAAACACAGCAAUAAUGAAGAGGGGACAGAAAAGCAAACAUCGACUAGUGAGGAAACUGCGCAGGCUACUGGAGAAGAUUCUGUUAAAAAGGAUAAACCUAAAAAGAGAUAUGAAGUACGUUCCUUAUGUUCCAUAUGCGGUUCUUCAUUUGCCAGUCGUACUCAUUUGGUAGUACAUAUGCGCCGUCACACAGGAGAGCGUCCCUUUAAAUGUGAUCUCUGUGAUCGCGCCUAUCCGCGUCCCUCGGAACUCGUGUGUCAUCGACGUAUACAUACCGGCGAAAAACCGUUUAAAUGUAAGAUUUGUGAUAAAGCUUUUCGUGUCUGGAGUAAAAUGAGCAAUCAUAUGCGUUCCCAUACGGAUAUAAGACCCUAUAAGUGUACACAGUGUGAGCGAAGUUUUAAAUAUUCCAAAGAUUUAAAUAUUCACUUUCGUAUACAUACGGGAGAGCGUCCCUAUAAGUGCAAUGUUUGCGGCAGUACAUUUACUCAAAGUAAUACAUUAAAAGCUCAUCGUUCAAAAUUGGGCCAUAUGGAUGAGGUGGUCGUCAAUAAGGAGCCAGUAGUUUGCAUUCUCAACAUUCGCUCCCAAACAACAAAAUAUAAUAAAAAGAAAAAAAUGAAUACCACUGAACAAUUAGAAAAGCAACAAUGUCGUACAUGUUACAAUGCCACCAAAGGCUUAAAACCUCUGACAGAUCUGACCAAAUGUGGUGGUGGCAGUCAACAGAUAUCCUAUGCUGAACUGCUGGCUGAUAUUUCCAAUAUAAAUAUAAUGGACGAUUUUUACAAUGAAUUGCCACAAUUCAUAUGCGAGACCUGUCAACGGAAAUUGAAAGCAGCCCAGGCAUUUAUACAGCAAACCCAUGAGGUGAAUGAACGUUUAAUAGCAAUGCUGAGUAAUCAAAAGGAUACAUCCGCUGUAGAAUUCACAUGUUUGGAGGAGGCUCCGGUGCAAGUUAAAAUGGAAUUUGAGGACAGCUUGCCAGAAGUAGAACCUGAACCACAAUGGCAUGAUGAACUGAAAGAUGAUGGUGACGAAAUUCCUGCUGGUUUAGUGAGCGGUGUGAGAGAGGGCAAUGAUAGCGGGGACUUUGUUAAAAAAGAAGAUGAUAAAUCUAUAAAUAAUUUAAAAACAAACAAAGAUUCACUAAAUCAAGAAAGCGAAAGCAACAAUGAAAACGAAAAAGAUUGUGAAGAAAAGCAAUCAGAUAAUAUUGAAACACAAGAGGAGGAAAUAAAGAAAAAUAAUGAAGAAAACCCUCUUGAAACAACCACAAGUGAUGAGGAUGAUGUGGCUGUUGCCUGUAAAAAAUGUGAUAAAGUAUUUAAUAAUUCCAAAGCCUUAACAAGGCAUUUACGCACCACCCACAUACCAGAUGAUCAAAAAUGUUCGUGUCCAAUAUGUUUUAGAAAAUUCACAAGAGCCUGCAGUAUGUAUACACAUAUGCGUACAUUUCAUGGUUCCAAUACUGUGCCCUUCGUACGAAAACCCUUAACCCAGGAUAGGAUGUUUCAGUGUGAAAAAUGUCCCAAAAAUUAUACACAAAAGAAAUAUCUUGAUGUUCAUGUCAAAACUAAACACACACAAGAUAAUGAGCAGAAGGAGGAAAACAAGGAAAUACUGCCAAAAAUAUACCAUAAACCUUUGUGUUCCAUUUGCGGCAGUUCAUUUCCCAAUAAAACUCAUCUAAUGGUACACAUGCGUCGUCAUACGGGUGAGCGUCCAUUUAAAUGUGAUCUCUGUGAACGUGCCUUUCCCCGUCUGGUAGAGUUGACUUAUCAUCGACGCAUUCAUACGGGUGAAAAACCAUUUGAGUGUAAAAUUUGUGGUAAAACUUUUCGUGUUUCCAGCAAAAUGACCACACAUAUGCGUUCACAUACGGAUAUACGACCCUAUAAAUGUUCACAAUGUGAACGCAGUUUUAAAUAUUCCAAAGAUUUAAAUAUACACUUUCGUAUACACACUGGUGAGCGCCCUUAUAGUUGCAAUGUUUGCGGCAACACUUUCACCCAGAGUAAUAGCCUUAAAACUCAUCGUGCCAAAUUGGGUCACAUGGAAAAAAACAAUGAAAUUUUGAAGCAUCAAAUGAGAGAUAUCAAAAAUCAAAAUACUUUAGUGCUAAAUGUUUUAAGCGAAAAUACUGAUGCUAUAGAAAAGUCAUUAAAUAAAAAUCCUAGAUUUUUAAAAAUAUUUCCGAUAAGUACUAUAGAACAAUUAAAUGAAAUAGAAGAGAAUAUUAAUGAACAAAAUGAAAAGGAUUAUAUUUCUUCCAUAAGAGCAAUAGCUGGUCAACGUGGCCUAAAAAAAGGUCUAUCCGAUAUAAUGACGCCCAAACUUUUGGUAGAAUUUAAUGUUGAUGGCAGUCAUAAUAAACAGCGUCUUUUAAAUUACACCAAAUUUGUUAAUGUUUUGUUUCAUGGUACUUAUGAUGAAAAUUGUACUGAAAAGUCGUUUAAAUGUCAUUUAAGAGAUGCUUUAAAAUUAGUUAAAAAUCGUUAUUUUAAAGAAAAAUGUGUAUCUAAGGAUAAGAAUGAUAAUGUAGCCAAGGAAAUUGCAGCUUCUAAAUUGCAAAACGAACAAAAUAACAUGGAAAAAUUGGAAAAGCAACAGUGUCGUGCAUGUUACAAUGCCAAUAAAGGUCUUAAGCUCCUAACCAAAUGUAUUGGCGGUCUGCAAAAGAAAUCCUAUGCAGAACUCUUAAGGGAGGUGUCCAAUAUAAAUAUAAUGGAUGAAGCUUACAAAGAAUUGCCACAAUUUAUAUGCGACAGCUGUUCACGCAAACUAAAAGCCUCACAUGCAUUCAUACAACAAACCCAUGAAGUCAAUGAACGUUUAAUGACCAUGUUAAUGGGACGAGAUGAGACAAAUAAUCAAUUGGAUUGUCUGCAGGAGGCUCAGGUGGAUAUACAGUCUUGUUUGGAAAUAAAAAUGGAACAUGAUGAGGCUGGGGCUGAGGCGAAAACUGAAGAACCUUGUUCUGUUGAACUAAAGCUCGAGGAGCCGGAAGAUUUUACGCAAAUUAAUCACUUAAAUGUUCAGGAAUUGUGUGAAAAAAAGGAUGGUGAUGAGGAAAAUGAUACGGUGGAAAUAGUAACUUUAAAAGAAACAAAUGAAGCAAAAACUAACUUAAAUGGUCCUGAACAUCAAGUUAAUGAGGAUAUAUUGAAUGUGGAUACAACAAAGGAGGAUGAUAUAACCCUUUUAAAUACAAAACCUAUAACGGAUUUAUUCCUAGAUGACGAAGAGGAUGACGAUGAUGGCGCCGGCGAUAAAGAUAGCGAUACUGAUGAUGAGGAUUAUCAAGACGACCCAACAGAUGAUAUGGACUGGCAAAAAGAGCAAAAAUCCAACAGCUCAAAUAGUAAAAAAGAUGAUAAAAAGAAAAUUACGAAAAAAUCGAGAAAAUCUGAAGAAACCACCGAAGAUGAUGAUGUGGCCGUGCCCUGUAGUCAGUGCAAUAAAAUAUUUAAUAAUUCCAAAGCUCUAGCUCGACAUCAACGCACUAGUCACAUACCUGAAGAUCAAAAAUGUACUUGUCCAUUGUGUUUUCGUAAAUUUUCCCGCUCCUGCAAUAUGUAUACACACAUGCGUACCUUUCAUGGUCCCGAUACAGUGCCGCUCAUACGUAAACCCUCAACACAAGAAAGAAUCUUUCAGUGUGACAAAUGUCCUAGGAAUUAUACAAAAAAGAAACAUCUUAAUAUACACAUAAAAAAUAAACACAGUCAAGAGAAUGAGAUUAAAGAAACUAAUGCAGAAAAUUCUACAGAAGAGCUAAAGGAAACUAGUGAAGAAUCACCUGUCAAACCCAAUAAACCGAAAAGAUACGAAGUACGCUCUUUGUGCUCCAUUUGUGGCAGCUCAUUUUCCAGUAAAACUCAUCUCAUAGUGCAUAUGCGACGACAUACGGGCGAACGACCUUUUAAAUGUGAUCUCUGCGAUCGUGCCUAUCCUCGCAUCUCCGAAUUAACCUGCCAUCGACGCAUACAUACGGGUGAAAAACCUUUUGCCUGUAAAAUAUGCGGUAAAACUUUUCGUGUUUCCAGUAAAAUGACCACCCACAUGCGUUCACAUACCGAUAUACGACCCUAUAAAUGUACACAAUGUGAACGUAGCUUUAAAUACUCCAAAGAUUUAAGUAUACAUUUUCGUAUACAUACGGGCGAAAGGCCGUAUUGUUGUAAUGUUUGUGGCAGCACAUUUACGCAAAGUAAUACUCUAAAAGCUCAUCGUGUUAAGUUAGGUCAUAUGGAUAAUGUUGUGGAAAACAGUGCAACUAAUUUAGUUUAGAAUUAAGUUAAUUAGUUUACAGUACAGUAAGUUAAGAAUUAUAAAAUUUUCUUUUUAUUUAUUAAACAAACUUAAAACUAGAAUGUACAUAUAAAAUAAAUUAAAUUUAACAUCAAA